AUGGGCGCCUGCCUGGGGAAGCACCAAGCAGUGAACGACGACAAGAGCGGCGGUGGCAAGAGGUACAUCGUGGUCGGCUCUGGCGCCGCGGGCUCGCCGCUCGCCGCCAAGCUCGCUCGCGCAGGCUGCACGGUGACUCUUCUGGAGCUCGGCCCUGAUGACGACUGGCAUGGGGACGCUGCUCCAGGGGUGCCGCUGGACCUCUUCAACCCGGAGUUCAGCUGGAAGCUGCAAAACCUGUAUGCGCCGGCAGCGGUGCAGAGUGUCGUCUGGAGCGAGCCCACCUGGACUGUGCCGCGGGACUGGGCCGAACAAGUGAGACAGCUAAACGAAGGCGGCCACUCCCAUUUCGCCGGCCCUGGCCCUGAGCCACACUCCGAGUACAACCACAACGCCAACGUGCUUGGAGGGAACACGGUUCAUAACCUUGGCUUCUGGGUGCGCGGUGCGUUGUCGCAGUACGCCGAGUGGGGUCCCGCAUGGGAGGAGGCGGCGGUGCGCGGGGCCUUUGAGGAGGUCGAGGCGGCGUACUCGACACGAGGGCUAUACGGGAAGCUGUUCAAUGCCAAGACCGCCGGCAUGGACUCGAGCGUCGACGACGCGGUCAUGGAGCGGUUCAGGGCCGCCGGCUUUGCGCCCGACCGCGCCCGCGACCUAGGCGAGGCUGGAGAGCGAGGCUCCGUGGCAUGGAGCGAGUGGACCAUCAGUGCAGCCGGCCGCCGCAUGAGCUCGGGGAGCGUCUUUGUGGAUCCGGUGAAGGGCCUCCCCAACUUCACGCUGCGCACGCACGCCAAGGUCACGCGUGUGCGCUUUGAGGGCGGACGUGCCGUGGGCGUCGCAUACACCGACACCACGACCGGCGAGGAGUGCCUCCUGGACGCCGAUGAGGUCAUCCUGUCGGCCGGCGCGCUGGCCACUGCGGGGCUGCUGCUGGCCAGCGGCGUGGGGCCAGCCGUCGAUCUGGCCGCCCUCGAGAUUCCACUUGUGGCGGACCUACCCGUCGGGCAGGAGCUGCAGACGCGCGCAAAGGUCGGCGUGCUGCAUACCUUCCAUGGCGAGUCCGCCUUCCCAGCCAUGGGCAAGCCCGCACCCACCUCCUACAUGAGGACGCAGCCCAACAUCUGGGCGAUGAUCCGCAGCCCCCUCGCCGACGCCGAGGGGCCCGACGCGAUUGCCGACCUAGUCAUCUGGGCCAACUCCAACACAGAUGAGACUACCUGCCCUGAGCCGGGCCAGACCGCGGUCGCCUUCAACGUGUCUGCCAUGCUCCCCAAGUCCCGGGGUUCGGUCACUCUAGCGCCCGAUGGCAGCGGCGGCCACCGCGUGGUGUGGCGGCCCAACUUUCUCGCCGACGGGCAUGCGUCAGCGGUGAUGAGCUACGGCAUCGGCCCUCGCAUCAAGCUCGUGCGGGAUAUGCUUGCCUCCGACCCGCAGAAGCGGUUCUCGCAGCUGGAGCCCGCCGGCACGGCCGCAGAUGAAGCGCACAUCGCUGCGAAGGCGACCACAUUUUGGCAUGAUUCUUGCACCGCGCCCAUCGGCCGCGUGGUCGACCAGGACUUGCGCGUGAUGGGGCUGCAGGGCUUGCGCGUCGCGGACACCAGCGUGUGCCCUCGCAUCUCCAACGCCCCGCCCUCCCCCAUGGCGCACGUCGUGGGCAUCCUCGGCGCAAGCAUAAUCUUGCGUGGGGAAAAGGCAGAACUCUUGAAGGCGGAUACUUAG